AUGGGUGAAUGUCACAAUAACAGCAGCUUCUCCAUGACGCAAGACCUGCCGGAGAAUUGUCCUGACACUUUCAAUUCCAGCGCAUACGAUCUGGACUAUGGAGUUCCACGGGAGGAGAUCCCCGAUACAACGCAGGGAUGUGCGUUUUUUGUGGCUACCAUUGUCAUAGCCAUGGUCCUGGUCUGUAUCAUAUUAGUCUGUGGCAUUGGCAACUGUCUGUUCAUUGCCUCUCUGGCGCGCUACAAAAAACUCCGUAACCUCACCAAUCUCCUCAUUGCUAACUUGGCCGUGUCGGAUAUUCUGGUGGCUGUAGUGUGCUGUCCGUUUCUGUUGGAUUACUAUGUGGUGAAGCAGCUGUCAUGGGACCAUGGGCUUGUCCUGUGCGCCUCAAUCAACUAUUUACGCACGGUGUCCCUGUAUGUGUCCACCAACGCGCUGCUGGCAAUCGCAGUGGACAGGUACAUGGCCAUCGUCCACCCUAUGAAGCCUCGCAUGAAGUACCAGACGGCCUACAGCCUGAUCCUGGGCGUGUGGAUCGUACCCAUCGUCAUCUCCAUCCCCUCUGCCUACUUUGCUUCCGAGAUCACAUACCCGCGCAUCUCCAGUCAGAGCCACAAGACCUUCUGCGCCCAGAUCUGGCCUGUGGACCACCAGCUCUACUACCGCUCCUACUUCCUCUUCAUCUUCACCCUGGAGUUCGCCGGGCCCGUGGCCAUCAUGGCCGUGUGUUACGCACGGAUUUUGCGGGAGCUGUGGUUCAAGAGCGUGCCUGGCUUCCAGACAGAGCAGAUCCGGAAGCGGCUGCACAGACGGCGGAGGAUGGUGGUGGUGCUGAUUCUGGUGUUGGCCGCCUACGUGCUCUGCUGGGCACCGUACUACGGCUUCACACUGGUACGGGACUUUCACCCCACCCUGAUCUCCAGGGACAGGAACUCCCUGGUGGCCUUCUACAUUAUCGAGUGCGUUGCCAUGAGCAACGGGGUCAUCAACACGCUGUGUUUCGUGAGCGUCCGCAACACUGCCGAGUGCAUGCGGACAGUGACCAGGCUGCGCUGGAAGUCUGUCAAAUGUGCAGUGGGAAAGACGGUGGAUGAGCACACCUCGUCUUUACGCGUGACAGAGGAUGUUGAGUGCACACGCCUGAGAUAGAGGCCUGAUCCUGAGAUGAUCGUCUCUAUUGAAAGGUAGAACCAGCAGUAGACCAAGUGGAUUCUGGGAUGUUGCACACUUUUCCCAUUUUUUAAGGUCCAAAAUGGUGAGAUAUAAGAUUGAGUCAAGGGAACGGUUUGGCGUUGGACAAGAGAUCCAGACUGCUGACAGAGUAGGGCUGCAUGAUAAAGGCAAACAAAUCGAACAGCGAUUUUUUUGGGACCAAAUAUUGCGAUUGCAAUUUGGCUUGCGAUAAACAGUAGAUCAAAACACUUGGUGAAUUAUAUAAAUCAAAUAAAAUGAUUUAUAUUAAGAAGCAAAGUGGAAAGCAGCAUUGUUCUUGUUUGGAACAAUGCAUUGACUGCAUUUGACCUAACAGAACAGCAUGCAACCUUAGAGUGAAUCUAACAGCGAGGAGGAAAAACUGCACUGUUCGAGUGACAGGGGGCAGGGCUUUGUAUGUGGGAAUCAUUUUGAAGUGAAUUAUAUUAAUUGUGCAGCCCUAAGACAGAGUGACAAUGUCCUGCCUUAGUUCAUAAUGGCACAAUGCCUCUCAUCGUCACUGCUAUCAUACCAUGGAGGCCAUUUUGAAAAAACGUGAAAGUUUAAUGGAAUUAGAACUUCUUCACAAUAUGGAAUUACUCACGAGGAGGGCAUUUGACUUUGAAA